AUGACUCUGCUGGGUGUGAAUAACUUUGUACAGUACAAAUUCUGCCACCUGCCCUCCAAAGAAAGGCAAACAAUCAUUGAGUUGGCAAAGAUGUUCCUAAACCGCAUCAACUAUUGGCAUCUGGAGGCGCCGUCUCAGCGCCGACUGCGCUCUCCCAAUGAUGACAUUUCUGGAUACAAAGAAAACUACACAAGAUGGCUGUGUUACUGCAAUGUGCCACAGUUCUGUGACAGUCUACCUCGGUACGAGACCACCAAGGUGUUCGGGAGAACGUUGCUUCGCUCAGUUUUCACCAUUAUGAGGCGACAACUCCUGGAACAAGCAAGACAGGAAAAGGACAAACUGCCUCUGGAGAAACGAGCCCUAAUCCUCACACAUUUCCCAAAGUUUCUGUCCAUGUUGGAAGAAGAAGUUUAUAGUCAAAACUCUCCCAUUUGGGAUCAGGAUUUUCUCUUCUCUUCUAGAACCAGUCAGCUAGGAAUCCAAACGGUUAUUAAUCCACCUCCUGUGGCUGGGACAGUGUCAUACAAUUCAAACUCAUCUUCCCUGGAGCAGCCAAGUGGAGGUAGCACGAGUCCUGCCUGCAAGUCAUCUGGGCUUGAAGCAAACCAAGGAGAGAAGAGGAAAAUGAAUGACUCUCACAUUCUAGAAGAGGCCAAAAGACCCCGGGUUAUGGGGGAUAUUCCAGUGGAGUUGAUUCAUGAGGUCAUGUCCACCAUCACAGACCCUGCAACCAUGCUCGGGCCAGAGGAGAGCAGGACCAAUUUUCUGUUGGCACACUCAGCCAGGGACGAGGCAGCGAGGCUGGAAGAGCGCAGGGGUGUCAUUGAAUUCCAUGUGGUUGGCAAUUCCCUGAACCAGAAACCAAACAAGAAGAUUCUGAUGUGGCUGGUUGGUCUACAGAACGUCUUCUCCCAUCAGCUGCCCCGAAUGCCAAAAGAGUAUAUCACACGGCUUGUCUUUGACCCGAAACACAAAACCCUUGCUUUAAUUAAAGAUGGCCGUGUUAUUGGUGGUAUCUGUUUCUGUAUGUUCCCAUCCCAGGGAUUCACAGAGAUUGUUUUCUGUGCUGUAACUUCAAAUGAGCAAGUCAAGGGCUAUGGAACACACCUGAUGAAUCAUCUAAAAGAAUAUCACAUAAAACACGAUAUCCUCAACUUCCUCACAUACGCUGACGAUUAUGCAAUUGGAUACUUCAAGAAACAGGGUUUCUCCAAAGAAAUUAAAAUACCCAAAACCAAAUAUGUUGGCUACAUCAAGGAUUAUGAAGGAGCCACCUUAAUGAGAUGUGACCUGAAUCCUCGGAUUCCGUACACAGAGUUCUCUGUCAUCAUUAAAAAACAGAAGGAGGUACGAAUUGACUGA